CACCAAACACAAUCUCGAUCCGAUCCAAUGGGUGCAGCCAACUCUUCCUCCAAGUCCAAGGCAAGCUCCCAGAAAACCAUCAAAGACAAAACAUUAUCAGGAGUUGGCAACCUCGUCAGGCUCCUCCCGACCGGCACUGUCUUCUUGUACCAGUUCCUCAGCCCUGUGUUUUCCAACAAUGGCCACUGCAACACAAUCAACAAGUAUCUCACCGCCAUUCUUGUUGGUCUGUGCGGGUUGUCUUGCUUCUUUUCCACCUUCACAGACAGCUACGUCGGAGAUGAUGGUCAAACGCACUACGGGGUUGCAACAACCAAGGGUCUUUGGCCGUCGCCGGAGUCUAAGAGCGUGGACUUGCCGACGUAUAAGCUUCGGUUUGCUGACUUCGUCCACGCCUUUUUCGCGGUGAUUGUGUUCGCGGCUUUGGUGCUUUUGGAUGGCAAUACGGUGGGGUGCUUCUAUCCUGCGUCUAAGUCCAUUGAGAAGACUUUGAUCCAGGUGCUGCCACCUGUUGUUGGUGCGGUUUCUAGUGUGGUUUUCUUCUUGUUCCCUGAUAAGCGCCAUGGAAUUGGAUACCCUGCAAAUGAGUCUUCAAAGAAUUCCAACUCUGGUGGAGAAGCAUCUACCACGAAAGCCUAAUUAUGGAAGUUUGUGUUUGUGUGUGGUUUUUUUCUUCUUGUGCGAUUGUAUUCGAUCAUGUUUGCUUGUCUAAAUUAAGGUUUGAGAUAUGUUUGGUGGCAUCAGUUGUAAUUGUAACUUGUAAUUUUAUUGAUAGUUUAUGUAUAUUUUUAAUGCAAAAUAGCUAAUCAAAUCAUACUUUAUCUA